AAUAAAAAAAAACAUAUGCAGCCGAGUGAAAAACAUUUUGCUCGCAAUAUUUGUACACAUAAUUUGUUGUAAUUGAUAUAACUGAGAAUGGGACUGAUGUUAAAAUAGAAUUCGCGUAAUCUCAACGACACAAGCAUGCAUUGCGUGCAGUGACAUGGGAUUAAGGUACGUGUAUGUGUACGUGAAUGCAAUAAGAAACUGCCGUGCGAAUGAUCGUUUUAUUUUAUACAUCCUUGAACAGCAAGCAUGAGUUGUUUUAAAUGUAGCUGCGGAUGCGACCGCCUCACCAGAGAAGAGCUGCUGCAGAUCAUUCAAUCCACAGACAGGGCACGAGAUUUUCUCAAUAAUAGCGCCGCUCGAAACAUGUUUCGAAAUAUGAUUUAUCCCGAAGAGUCCGAAGGCUACACACCUCAACCUUCCGGCUCACAGAGCCGUCCCGUGGGAAAGCGUCCCAUGCCGCGAGCCAUCAAAUAUUUGAACCAAAUGGAAGGAGCGGCCGAGCUGCUGCGGACGAAUAAUUUAAGCGACGAAGUUGUUCAAGAGUUUGCUGAUCUUCUUCCCGACAUGGAGCUGGGUGAUCGGCUGUACGAAAGUACCAGCGCGAAUCGCACGGAAGUGCUGGAGCAGAUCAUUGAGGAGUACGGCAGCAGGUUGAGAGAAUCCGGCGAGUUCAAAAACUUUAUCGCCAACCUUAGAAAAGCAUAUGAUGGCAAAGUUAAACUGGAAAAGUGCUAAAGUAAUGGUGCGAUCCAUCAGCUAUCGUUUUAAUGUUUUUUCUCGACUGCUUAAUUACCUCUAUUUUUUGAAUUAUUUAACAUUUUAUCUUUAUUAUCAUUAAGCUCUUACUUGGCUAGAUUUAGUUUUCCAAAGAUUUUUUUUUAUCUCGCAUACUUAAUUUAAACUGAAAUUAUUGUGCAUUACCUUAAUUGCAUCACGUAAAAGUUUUUAAGUUCAGUUAACUUAUUCUCUACUAUGAUUACCAGCUAAGUGUCUUAGGCAUCGAGGGCCUCGAAGGGGCCGGCCUGAUCGAAAUUACUGCCACCGUAAUGAAGACAGUUAUGCGGCAGCUUAAAAUGAAUUUUAUUCAUGAAUAAAUAAAGGUUAUAUAGUAAAAAAAACUA